GCCUGGCCAGGCAGCAACAGGGUCCCCAAGCCGUGGACAGCCAGGCCUACCCAUCCUGGGGACAUCCCGGCUGAGGCCUGGCAGUCAGGAAGUCUUCCUGGCAGCAUGGGUGCCGUGUCAGAAGUGCCCCCUCCCUCAUCCUCCUCUGUCUCCUUCUCCUGUUCACUCAUGCUUUCCCAGGCAGCAGGCCUGGUGGGUUCCCAGCAGUAGUCAGAGGGCAGGACCUGGGUCCCCAGGUCAGACUCCCACCCAGAGCCCAGCAACCAUGGUGGACCCAGAUGGAGGACAGCGCCCUGGCCCAGGUAGGCCCAGCUCUGACCAUCAGUAUCCAGGGCCACACCACUGCCUCAGUUUCCCCUGCUGCCAGGCUGGGACUCUCUCUGCCAGGCAACUGCAGCUCCAGCCCUGGCUAGUGUCCCCAGCCAGCUCCUGUGUGUUCUGGUCAGGGAUUGCACAGCUGUCCUGGCCCUGGGGCCCUCCUCCCUCCCGGGCCCGCCCUCUCCCUGCUUCCAGCUCCCCCACACAACGACUUCAUUUCAUAGGUCGUGACUCUGACAACUGCCCCAUCAGCGGCUGCUGUAUUGAGGUGGCCACACACUGCACUUCCCAGCCUUCGUCCCUGCUGGUGCUCUCAUCCCAAGCCUGGCCUUCCUCAGCCUCAGUAAAACAGGGGCAACACUCCGUGGUGCCUAGACUGUGGGGCUGCUGAGAGGCCACGUGAGCAAUGCACGUGAACUGCUCAGUGGAGGACCCCGCAUACAGUAGGUGCUCAAUAACAGAGGCUACAAAUACAAGCAUCCUUUGUGUUGGAGUUUCAUCCGUCCUGAAGACAGAGAGCAUGCAUUCCAUUAUUUCAACAGCGCUUACCUAACUAGCUGACACUGGGAGCAGCUUCCUGCGUGCGAGCUGAACGGACAAGCUGGAGGCAUCGGAUGAUGGCGCCCUCUCAUGCCUUCCCCACCAUGGGCUCCACUGCUAUCCAGCUUUUCCUCGGACACUUUCCUGCACGUGAAUUCCCUGCAGACACACGUGGAUGGCGGAUGGCAGCGGUCACGCACGGCGGGGCGAAGGCUGCAAGCCUCAGGCAGGCCUCGGUGAGGAGAUGGACACCAGGAGCUCCCAGCCAGGGGAGCAAGACGUGACAGAGGCAGGGGCUGCGCAGGAACUUCGGUGGGUGGAGCUAGGCUCCGAGGAGGCCCUGGGAGUCGGGACAGAAGGUCCCAGUGCCCCGCAAGCCGGGGGGCGCCUGCUGCAAGCCGUGUGGUGGGGUCAUCUGGGCCUGGCAACAAAGCUACUGCGUCAGGGGGCCAGUGUGGAGGAGAGGGACCACACGGGCAGGACCCCGCUCCACCUGGCCGUGCUGCGCGGCCACGUGCCCCUGGUGCGUCUCCUGCUGCGGCGCGGGGCGGCGGUGGCAGCUGCCGACCGAGCGGGGCGCACACCUCUCCACGAGGCCGCCUGGCACGGGCACUCGCGGGUGGCCGAGCUCCUUCUGCGGCGCGGGGCCCCCGCGGCGGCGCGCUCGGGGGCCGGCCUCACGCCGCUGCACUGGGCCGCGGCGCUGGGCCGCACGCUGCUGGCGGGGCGCCUGCUGGACGCGUCGGGACCGGGCCCCGCGGCGGCGGACGCGCGCGGCUGGACGGCGGCGCACUGGGCGGCGGCGGGCGGCCGGCUGCCGGUGCUGGAGCUGCUGGCGGCGGAGGGCGCGGGCCUGGACGGGGCCCUGACCGUGGCGGCCGCGGCCGGGCGCACGGCUGCGCUCCGCCUCCUCCUGGCGCGCGGGGCACGGGUGGACGCCCGGGACGGCGUGGGGACCGCGGCGCUCGGCGUAGCGGCGAGCCUGGGCCGCAGGCAGGACAUGGAGGUGCUGCUUGACCACGGGGCAGACCCCAGCCUCAAGGACAGGCACAGUCGCUCUGCACUCCACAGGGCUGCUGCCGGGGGACACCUGCCCGCUGUCCAGCUGCUAGCAGCCUGGGGAGCAGAGGUGGAUGCUCGCGACUCGCUGGGCCUCACACCUCUACACCACGCUGCUCGGGGAGGCCACGCGGAGGUGGCCAGCCACCUCCUAGACAGGGGAGCGCAGGUCAAUGCUGCUGGAUGGCUCCACAAGACCCCCCUUCACCUUGCCAUGGAGCAUGGCCACAGCCCCACUGCAGAGCUUUUGCUGAGCCGAGGGGCUAGCCCCACCCUGAGGACACGAUGGGGUGAAGUGGUCCAGGACCUGCUGUCUGAGGGGGCCUGCCCUAGGCACUGCCCACCCUUUGCAGAGAGGAGUGGGAGGGGCACAGAGCCCCCGAGGCCCAGAGCUGGACAGAAGUCUUCUGGCUCCCACAGCCUUCGGUGUGCACCCGCUCCUCUCCCCUGGACCGAGGCUGCCUGCCUCCCUGAGGGGAGGACAGCAGAGAGGUUCCCAGAAGAGAAGGGGGGCAGUGACUUGAGCUCCAGGAAUGGACCUGGGACUGCUCUGCAGCCCCCUGGGAUCACGUCUACCCUGCAGCCGCGGCCUCCUCCACACUCGGCUUCAGCAGAGACGGAGUCGUGGCAACAGAUCUGACGACGGACACCAGACAGUCUCCCGUGUCCACCAUGGGGCGGUCACCCUCAGCUGCUCUCGCUGUGACAUGGGGACGUUCUUACUGUGUUUCGUUCAUUGUAUCUGGUAUUUGCCUCUUGGCACCCUUUUUUUUUAAGAGAGAAUCUUUUUUUUUUUUUUUUAAGAUUUUAUUUAUUUGUCAGAGAGA